CCUAUUGCAGGAUCUGUCGACGAAAACUCCAACCGGUGCUAUAACUCAGAACGAGACAAAAAAAAACGCAAAACACUAUUCACAAGUCGCGUUGGGGAGCUAUCUGUUCAAAACAUGACAUCAAACAAUAACUAACACCAAUUACAACAUCURUAAUUCUGAUCGAAAACGAGUAGCAAGAAUCAACAAGGAGAGCAGCAAUACGAUAGUAGUAGUGAACGAUAUUUUGAUACAACACACCAUGCCUUUGAAUCUCUCAUACCGCCUGUUCGGCCCGACGACGGUCCACCUCCGCCACGAAACCUAUUUAAUAAUAUCCCUGGCCUUGCUGGAAUAUGCAUCGAUCCGCGACCUUCGAUUCGCGGCAUUUGUGACGGUGUGGCUGUCCCGUAAUCUCGUGGUGAGGUGGCUUCUAACGGCUCACGACACUCGCACGAGUGUCAGCGAAUGGAGCCUUCCCUUCGUCAUAAAAUACUAUCGCUUCCAGUUCAAUCCGCUCGAGAACGUCAUCAAUUUCAUAACGACCACGGUCCUGGCCGGCCAGACAUUCGAUCGUCCGAAUCCACACGUCGUGGCAAAAUUCAUAGGGACGAACCAUAUGCUGAACGAUUUGAUGGCCGAAAAUAAUCUGGGGAACCUCAAUAGCAACAACCCUUCCAGGAACAACAAUCGCCGAGGCGGCAACAGCAGCAGCAGUCACCAUAGUCAUUACUAUGGCAACAGUAGCAAGAAGAAUCACUAUGACUUGGUUUGCGAUUGGUGCAAAAGGACUUUCUACAAAAUCAAAGAGCUAUCUCCGUCCAGUUUGGCGGUAGCUUCGUCAGAGGCUUACUGGACUAAUCUAAUGAGAUCGUGUGGUCCGUCUCCGCAGCUGGUCCUGCAGUUAUUCACCCUGCUGUUUCUUUAUUUUUGUUGGAACUUUCCCCUCAGUGAAAACGGCGGAGGAAUUGUGCGGUACUUUACGACAAUCUACACAGACGUCGCUCAGGUCCUGCGGGAUAUUUACAACAUUGCGGUCAACCGAAACGUGAUAUAUUAUCACUACGGAAGACACGAUGACUCAAAUGGACCUCUCGUGACCAAUCACGCGCUGAUAAUGGAAACACUGAAAGACUCGGGAUCGGCCAUGGGAUAUUCUGGUGACAUUGCGAUCGACAAUACCAAAGCGAUUGGGCAAUACCAGCAUUCGUUUUCUCCAACCUGGAUCGAUUUGUGGUAUUACAUCAUCGUUUGUGGAACGUGUCUGAGCAUGGCACUGUACGGGCGGAUACUAUUGCCGAUUCCGGAUCUGGUAGCCGGCUCGUGCGUCUUAUCAUCGUUCCGCCUACGAGACGGCGCAGGUGGAAAAAUAUUGACAAAUGUAGGAGGAGGGGGUGGCGGGAACAAGGGCUCGCGGAACAACAAUUCUCAGAGAGGUGGUGGCAGCAGCUCCAUUGGUGGCCUCGCUACCGGUUCCGGAGGGGGCGAUCCCAACUUCGACCAGCCAUGGCUGGAGCAAUACCAAUCCAUCAUAACCGAACACCGUCUAAAAUUAAUUCUCAACGUCGCCUUUGUGAGAGUGGUCGAAAACUUAUUUCUCAUUGCAAUCUUGCCACGGACCGAUUUUGCCUGUAAAACAACGGGCCAGUGCCCGAACAAAUCCGGCUUGGGGGAAUUGGCAAAGGUACUGUUUUACGCUGGGAUCACAGAACCUUUGCGUUCGGAUAGUCAAUAUUACCAAAACGACGACGGAAAAAAUCCAUUUUCGGUCGGCGACAAUCCCUUUCGCCCUCCAGUAGCGUCUGCGCUUAUGAUUGGAAUUUCUGCUGUUGUAAUAACAGUGUCCUUGUUGCUGGCACAGGCCGCGACGCUCAAUAGAUCUCAUUUGGGAAUCACAGGAUAUCUCGCGGGGGGAUGGGUCGCUGACGACCAACAAACCCAUCCUAGUGUUACUGACAAAAAGGCGAGUAAAUCAAACAGCAGGAACAAGAAAUCGACACCUGAGUCCUUGGCACCCGAAUGGGUUCCACGAAAACGUUACAAGAAGGGAGAAUUAGUAACAUACGAACGGACAGUCUACAGGGCCACAACGAACAAUCCCGAAGGAUGCCCAUACGAUUUUUACCUUCGUGCGACGCACAAAAUCUUCCGCAACGAAUUGGGUCAUCCCGCUACAUCCCGCGUUGUCGCAUUCGUAUCGACCGUCCAGUUUGGACUGAUUUCAUUGCUGAUAUUGAUGGUCCUGGUGCACCAACUCAUUCUUGGCGAAGACGAACCGGGGGAGAGGACCACGUGUUUGCUCUGGACAUUGGCCGCAAAUCUAGUCGCCGUCUUUGGCACUGUGAGUGUCGCGGUUCCAAACUAUUCCGAAUUCGAUCGUCUUGCAGCAGACUUAAUGAAUUAAGACUCAGUAAUUUACAAACACUACGUAUUCAUAGUUUAUUUGAGGUUAGAGGAUUCCUCGAGGAACACAUAUAUUACGCGAAAGAACUAAACUACUUGUAAACUU